AUGCUCGCCAAGGGGGGUCCCAAUGCCGACUUCGCCUCUGUGCUCGACAGCGCUGUGGUGCAAUCAGAGGCUACGAAGGACGAAGACGGCAAGAACGCGAAUCCAGAAAAAGAUCUGUGCAUGAAAGAUGUAGACGGCGUGAAGCCAGAGAUGGUUGGGGCAGAGGAGGCACCCAACAACGGUGCCCUUGCGAGCGGGGAGCAGGUGAAUAUCUAUGAGUUCCGCAACAUCGGCUUCCUGCUCCAGUAUUUUGCCGUUGGUAUCAUCUACGGCGGCUUGCCAGCCACAAUCUAUGGCUUCUUCCUGGGCUUUCUCAAUGUUCCGGGCUAUGUCUAUGCCACUGCGGCGACCGUCACCACCAUGCCAUGGAGCUUCAAGCUCUUCUUCGGCUUCUUAAACGACUGCUUCCCGAUCUUGGGGUACCGAAGGAAGCCGUACAUGGUCAUUGGUUGGACCCUCUGCUUCCUGACACUGCUGGUCCUUGGCACAAAGCCACUUCCCAAGCCGUACUUCUGUAUGGCACCAGAUGGCAAUUUCGACAAGGAUCAGACCUGCAAUGAAGAGGCGCGAUGGGCCGGCGGUGAAUUCGCCUGCCUUAUGUGCCUCGCAGCCCUCGGCUACGUUGUUGCAGAUGUGGCUGCCGAUGGCCUCAUGGUGGAGUUCGCGCAGCGAGAGCCGCAGGAGAAGCGUGGCACCACCCAGACGACCAUCUACUUGGUUCGAACGAUGGGGUCCAUCGUGGCCACGGCCGUCGUCGGUGUCGGAAUGAACGGCAAGGAGUACAACGGCACCUUUGACUUCACUUUGCGCUUCAACCAGGUCAUGCUGAUCUUUGCCAUCCCGGCAGGGCUCAUGAUCCCAGUGUCGUGGUUCCUGGUCAAGGACACUCCCGUCCAGGAGGGCCAGCGCCGGUCCCUGCGGCAGUACCUGCGCCAGGCCUGGGCAUUGAUGACGCACAAGGCAGUCUUUAUGGUGGUGAUGUGGAACUUCUGGGAAGCGGUGAUCGGCCGCAUUAACACCACAGCCUCGGGAUUGGUAAAGAGUGAAUGGGCCGGCGUCAAGAAUUUCCAGAAUCAGCUCUUUGGCUUCGUGUCGCUGAUGGUGUUCUCCUAUGGCCUCCACAUCGUGAAGAAGCGCUUUCUUCACUGCAGCUGGCGCAAGAUGCUUCUGGGCACGGGCAUCUUCUUGAAUGUAAUGGAUGGAACCUUGGCAUUGCUGACCACCUACGACAUUGUACGAAACCAAUACUUCUACCUGGGCGAGCAGAUCCUGGAUGAUAUACCAGCAGCGGCGAACUUCGUCAUCGGCACUUUCAUCGUCGUCGAGCUGGCGGACCAGGGCGUGGAGGGCCUCACCUAUGGGCUCUUGACUACAGUGGCGAACCUGGGGAAUCCCUUCUCCAGAGCCAUUGGCAACCAGAUUUUUGGCCUCUUCCGCCCGAAUCUCUCGGACUCGGCGAACUACCGGUCGGACACGCCGGAGUUUCGGAAUACGGUGGCCCUCUCGUUCCUGUUGAGCUACGGCUUCUCUUUCGCAUCCUUCUCCCUGCUUCUUCUCAUCCCGGACCAGAAAGAGGAAGCUCAGAGAAGGAAAAAAGCAUGGGGGAGCAGAUCGACGUACGGUGUCAUCACUAUCGUGCUCCUUGCGUUUGCGAUGAGCUACGCGUUAACGAUCAACUUCAUGACAAUGAUCCCAGCCACUGCCUGCUUGGAGGUGGUGGGUGGAAGUGGCUGCUAA